AUGGUGAUUGAGGAUGGAGCAGCUUCGCAUGGCUCGUCACACUACGGAUCGACCGUCUGCGAGCCGGGCUACGAGAUGCGCCAGGUGACCGUGACUGUCAGCGACUCGGCGCCGGUCGUCACCCUCCGCAUCGCACUCGAUGCCAAGGGCGGCUCAUUCGACUCACAUGGCGUCUAUCACUUUCCGUUUGCCUUUGCCCUUCCAGUCGAUACCCAGGGCUCGCUGGAGGUGCCACAGGGCGGGACUGGGACGCCCAUCACCGGCUCGGUCCGCUACUGGCUCAAGGCCAUGCUCACCCGCAAGGGUCUCAAGUUUAACGUAGGCUCGCCACAGCGCGACUUUGUUGUCGCACCGCUCUUCACCUCGGUUCCGGUUGCCGGCGGUGGCGCCUACACUGCCACCCUCUCGCUUGAUCGCAAUGCUGCUGUCCCGGGCGAGACCGUUAUGGCUCAUCUCCACGUCGCCAACAACUCGCCCAUGCCCAUCUCCUCGGUCACCUUUCAGAUUGUCCAGACCAUCUCGGGAACACGCCGCUCGCCGCCCGAGUCGGGCCAAAAGUCGCUGGUCAUUUUCACCUCGUCGCGUCCAGGUGCACAGCCGUACACUCCCCUCACCAUCGAGAUCGGCAUCCCGCUGCCGCCGGCAUUGUGGGCGACCGUCACCGGCCCGCUCCUCCGCAACGAAUACGCCGUUGUCGCUGUCAUCCAUCCGGCGUCUGGGCCUGACGUCCAUGCCGGUGUCGGCCUCUCGGCACCGCCGUCAGUUGUCCUCGCUCCGCCACCGGGCGUCGACCCGCUGCCGCUCGACGGCACCGUCCUGCCAGAACGCAAAGUCGGCCUCAAGUCGUGGCACAUGUACUUUAUCGACGUUCCCGCCCUCACUCACGAGGCCCGCCUCGAAAUCGUUCUUCGUGGAACGUCCAAGGCCACGCUGGCCCUUCGCCUUCGCAAAGCCUCGCAACCCUCUCAUUUGACCUCGUACGACUUUGCCGGCACCAAGGCCGGCAAGCACGUCUACUCGAUCGCCAUCAACAAGAACAACGGCGUGCCGCUCCAGCAGGGCCGCUGGUUUGUUGGCGUCUGGGGUACAAACGUCUUCCCACCCUCCUCCAAAUAUGUUCUCUCCGCCACACUCACUGGUGCCGCUCCGCCGCCGCCGCCUGCUGCGCUUCCGGAGCGAAGGUCAUCGCUAGAGUUGGAGUCUGGCGGCGCAUCGUCGUCGGCUGCGCCGUCCACCUCACCGAAGUCUGCUACCGCCUCAGCUUCAGCACCGCCGCCGCCGUCGUUUCACGAUCCCAACUAUGCCUCACUCGCGUCGGUGGCUUUGGCGGGAUCUGCGUACGCUGCGCCGCCUCCAGAGCCCGGAGCAGGCUCGGCAAGUAGUGUCGAGUCGUCGGCGGCCGAUGGUGCCGGAGUUGCCGACGGCGCCGACGACAACAGCUCGUACAGCAUUGCGGCCAGCGAGCUGCAGCGCGGCGAGUUGGUCGGAUCAGGCGCGUUUGGAGUGGUCCAUCGCGGUACCUGGCGCGGCGGCGACGUGGCCAUCAAGACCAUCAAGGUCGAUUCGUUGGCUUCCGACGCCGUGGCAGAGUUCAAGGCCGAGGCCAAGCUCAUGCGCCUCCUCCCACCACACCCCAAUGUUGUCCAGUUUCUCGGGGUGUGCAAGGCCGGCGAGAACGAGCUCUGCAUCGUCUCUUCGUUUGUGCCUGGCGGCACCCUCCUCGCUCUCCUCCAUCCAACCUCGGGCUUUGUGUGGAACGUCGAGAAGAAGCUUGGCGUGGCAGUCGGCAUUGCCGCCGGCCUCCUGCAUCUCUCAGCCGAGUCGAUUGUCCACCGCGAUCUUGCCGCCCGCAACAUCCUUGUCUCGGUCGGCGGCCAUGGCCCGGCAGCCACAGUCACGCCACUCCUCACCGACUUUGGCAUGAGCCGCGACGCGUCAGGCGCCGGCGACAACUACACCGCGUCCGUUGUCGGCCCGGUCAAGUGGAUGGCGGUCGAGGCCAUCACACAUCGCAAGUACUCGGCCAAGUCGGACGUCUGGUCGUUCGGCGUGCUUCUCUUUGAGAUCUUCACCCAAACUGAGCCGUACGCCGGCCUCACUCCGCUGCAGGUUGCAGCCGGUGUCUCCAGUGGCUCACUCACCCUCGACCUCGAUGGCCACGCAGCUGACAUCCCUCCGCCCGUCGUUGAUCUCAUUCAAGCCUGUAUGGCCCACGAGCCCGAAGACCGACCCUCAGUUCGUGACCUGUUCCGCACCGUCUCGCACCUCCGCACUCAACUCAGCCCAACGCCCAGGCCUAUCAGCUAUGCCACUGUCAACCCGUUUGCCCCAUCGUCGUCGGCGUCGUCGUCCCCGGCCGCAACCCCGACACAGACCGCAACCUCAGGCCCGGCCUUUGCCUACUCGGAGAAUCUGGGUGGAUAAUAAUGCCAUUCAGGAGGUUAGUGCGAUGCCAGCCGAUGCCAGCAGCAACCAGAGGGCGACUGGCGUCGUAGUUUCCCCCGGAAAGGCACCUGACGCAAACCCGGCGUGAGGAGCGGUGGCCGCGAUGAGCGGCGGCGGUCAGAGAUAAACAAGACAAC